AUGAGCGCCGACAAAUCGAAUAAGAAUUUUGCGUGGUAUCUCAAGAAGUCACCCCGAGACGGAUGGGUUGCUGAGAAAGCCCUAUUUCAAUCCCACCUGGACUGUGGCAAGUCUAUUACUCAGAUUCUGGUCGGUGAGGGAGCAGGCAAAUUGAUUCUUUCAAUCCGAAAUCGGAUCACUAAUGGAACAUCAAUGGUCAGCAGGACGCUGUACGGACAUGUUGGGACAGAUCGGACAUUCACAAACGGAUUCCACACCUGCAGUCGCCGCACCAAGUAA